GUGUCAUGCGCGUUUCAAAGUUUCUCUCUACCCCACUCCCACCAUUCCCUUUGCCACCGCUGUCGCAGGGAUUAUCUUUCCUUCUAAAGCCGAUGCGAGGGUGACCGGUCCUGUAGCAUCACGUAGACGUGGCGUCAUCCACACUGGCUCCGUCUGGUGCCGACUCCCUGCAUCUUUCUAUCAAGAAGAGAGAACCCGCUCACGCGGUCCGAUCCUGCUCAGCAAGCAUGCGCCCCUGUCGGACACGGCUGUAGGCGCAGACGCAUCCGGGAUACGCGUCCUGGUUGGUCAUGGUGUUCCUCCCGAUGUCAGCUUCUGUAGCGCAGUAAGGAGCCCACUAACACUGCAUUGUUCAUCUGCUUAGCCUUAACACCAGCUACUCCUCCUCCUCCUCCCCUCCCACUCCUUCGGCUGCUGUGGCUGACAUAGGCGUAAAAAGCUUUGGCCACAUCGCGACAACAGCGGCGAGGACAGCAACGGUAGCAGUCGCUGCCGACGACAAACUGUUUUUGACGGGGAAGGGAGAACCCCAGCUGGAACCGUUAGCGACUGGAGGAUGAGCUAGUUCACCUGCCGACAUCAUGAGAGUCACCUGGUCUAUUCUUACCACCCGCACCUGGCUGGCUGCUCUCCUGUGGCUCGAUUUCAUUGUGUCAGGUUACGUUCUUCCGGAGAGCUGGACCCAGAUGGCGCUGCUCAAGCGAGGACCUGCCACACAGGAAAUGGGUGUCACGACCAACACCACUAUCAAGUGCCUGCAGUGUAAUACAAUGGCCAAUCCGGACUGUGUCAGUGGGAGGCUGAGGCCGACAGUCUGUGCUUCCGGCAGCAGAUACUGCAUCAAAGUCACCGGAGACUCUGACCGCUUCGUCUACCGGAUUUGCGAGAAACAGGAACAGCACGGAUGUACGCAAAUGCACGUGAAGGGCAUUUGGAUGAGCGUCUGUUAUCACACCUGUGACACGGAUGGCUGCAACGCCGCCAUUGUUGUGACGUCACGGUCGAGCGCCAUUUUGAUUUCUAUCGCACUGGUCAGCUUCUAUCUCACGUGCCAUCUUCCGUAACCGAUCUAAAUGAUAAAUGUUUGUUCUCUCUCGUUUGCUAAAUAUAGACAUGUUUUAGUA